AUGCAAGUGCAAGAAAAAUACAACUGGUUAGAAAGAACAAUCAAAUCAUCUAUUCAACAAAGGACUAAUAACAAAGACCUAUCUGACAAGUGGAAGUCUGCUAAAACUACCAAUCUUCUUAAUGAACGAGCUGACCUAAUCAAUGGAAAAAGUACUAACGACAGACGAAAGAAAAUAGCAAAACUCAGCAAAGAAAUAAAAGAAAGUAUAAGAAAAGACAGAACUCAGAGAAGAAUGGAAACAAUGGAGAGACACAUUUUGCAGACAGGAGGAAUAAAAAAGGCUAAUAAGGAGCUAAAUAACACAAAGGACUGGAUCGUACAGAUGAAAGAUGAUAAUAGAUUGAAAGAAAACCGACGACAAGGAAUUUUAGGAAUCGCUACAUCUUAUUACAAGAAACUAUACGAAUGUACUAGAGUGGAAGAAGAAAUAGAAAUGUUAGAAAUGUCAACCGUACCCAGUAUCAUGCAGGAAGAAGUAGAAUUCGCUCUAGAAACUCAAAAAGACGAUAAAGCUCCGGGACCAGACGGAAUAAGCAACGAAUUAUUAAAACAAACAAAACAGGUAAUAACACCUAUUCUCAAAGAAAUCUUCAAUGAUAUCACAAAUUCAGAAUCGAUUCCACAGCAAUGGACUGAAUCUAAUAUAAUCCUUUUGUACAAAAAAGGGGAUCAGUACGAUAUCGGAAACUACCGGCCUAUAAGUCUGAUGUCCAACGUAUAUAAAAUAUUUGCUAAAAUUAUACUCAAACGAAUUGAAAGAAAACUUGAUGAACAACAGCCAGUAGAACAGGCAGGCUUCAGAAAAGAAUACUCGGUUCUUGAUCAUAUCCAUGCUGUUAGACAAAUCAUUGAGAAGUAUGGGGAAUAUCAACUUAAAUACUACAUAGCAUUUGUCGAUUAUAGCAAGGCUUUCGACUCGCUAUUACAUACGAAAAUCUGGGUGGCGUUGAAUGACCAAGGAUGUGACCUUAAAAGUAAAAAGGCUAAAAUGGAAGUGGUCGGGACACAUGAUCAGAGGAAAGGACAAGUGGAGCAAAAUAAUUACACAGUGGUAUCCAAGAGAAGGGAAAAGGAACAGAGGAAGGCAACAAAAAAGAUGGGAAGAUGA